AAAACUGCUGAAUUAGUUAAUGAGUGCCUUAAUUUGCUGAAAGACGAUAUCCAGGCUAUUGAUGAUAUAGCAAAUCACUUUCAAAUAAAUGAACAGUGACAUUAGUUAUGUAAUAAAUUGUGAGAGGGCCAUUCUAAAGCACUCUUUGGUCUUGGAUGUGCAAAGCCUAUGGCGUAUCACAAUUAAAAAUCAUGUCUGCAAAAACCCUUUUAAAAGCAACAAUCGUUAUGAUGAUUCUCAACCAACUUAACUCUCAAAGAGGCGAUAUCCCACUUGAGGAGCUCGAAAAUCCUCCAGAUCUUUUGACUACCCACAGAAUUACGAUUCCACCACAGCACAAUGAAUCACUUUAUGGAGAGUUUACCUUCGACAAAACUCAAGCUACUGACAAUACAACUAUCAAACUUCUUGCCAUUGAAGUGACCACCAAGAAACUGACAAAUGCGACAGAAAAGCUGACAAUUAGAAACAGAACUGAACAAUCAAAAAUCCACACAAAAGAAGAACAGCUAGAAUCUAAAAGUGUCAAAGUUAAAAAGCUUUAUGAACCUUCCAAACCCAAGGGGUCACCAAUUAAAGAAAUGUUUAUUAGGUUAUUGAUUUGUUUGGAGUAUGAAAAACUGCAAAUGAAAUGUCAAUUGUAGCAUAGAUGAGUAUAAUGAUGGGGAGAUUGGAUUUAGUAUUUGUGAUUAUGGUGUUUGCUUUUCAUGGAUCCCAACAAUUGUUUGAAGUGCCAUCUGAAGAAGACUCAAAUUUUACUGUCGCAGAUUCCUAUAGUGAAGGACCACCGAUUGCUUUGGUUACAACAUACAAUACAAAAGAAAAGAGAGAUGCUGAUAUAGGUUCGAGAGCAGAAAAGCCAAACCAGGAGAAUUCAACGACAAUGCCCAUAAACAAGGAAGAAAAAGAAACUAGUAAUCAUACUACAACCAAACCGACCUUUGCGCCAACACAGGGUCAGCUAUCCAAUUUGAACAGAAGUGGUGAUGAAGAAAGUGCAAAAAGUCAAAAACCAAAUAAACCAACAAGUUUAAAACCAGAUGAAAGUCUGGCAAAUGAUUCCAAAACUGAAGAGGCUAAAAUGGAAAAACUAAUUGAAAAAAUAGUAUCUGAAGAAUUUAAAAAGAAUAUAAAAGAUCAAAUCGAUACAAAAACUAAUACUUUGAUACAAAAUCGUAUGGAAGAAUUUAAAAAUAUAAAGGAUCAACUAAAAAACACAAUUCAAUCCAUAGUUACUGAAGAAGUAAAGAAAAAAAUGGUUUCAGAUGGAAAUAGCAAUCUGGCAAAUGAUCUUAUAAAUAAAGAAGCGGAGUGGAAAAACAAAGUUAAAAAUAUGAUUGCCGAAGAGACAAAAAAAUAUCAUUUUCAACUUGCAAGCCCAAGAAGUGUUUCUUCGGAACCUAAUGGAAAAAUGCUUACUAGAGAUUCUUCAAGAUUGACCAAUCAUUCGAGACAUACUCAAGGAAGACAGGCUAAUGAUCCUCCUUGCAAAGAAGGAAAUGAGGCUGUACAAGAAGUAAUAAACAGCGGUAAAAUAAAGAAUCGCCAAGGAUCUUCACCAAUUGUGGACAUAGAAGGAGCAGAAUCCAAUAUUUUACCACAAGUCAAAAAUACUUCUGAUACUACAGUCUUACCAACAACAGAAAUAAACACACAGAAUACAACCGCUAACAUUAGCGCAAUAGGAAACACCACUACCAUCCGACCAUUGAACACUACUAACAAAACAAUUGGUACGACAACAGUCAAGAGUUUCAAGCUAUCAACUAAAAAAGGCGGGACAAUUUGGAAAAAGUUGCUCAAGUUUUGUGGCCCAGCUGUGGGAGUUUUUACUGUUUUGGGAGGUGCAUUUUAUAUAGUUUACUCUGUAAUGUAAUGUCAAUUUUAUUUUUAUAAAGAAAAAUUGUGUUCUCCUGUA